UGACCCGGAAGUGGAUGGGGUCAGACUGAAGAUGGCGGGAGCUGAGCGCCAGGCGCUGGGGGAGAUGUCGGCCGCGGAGCACUGCCUGGAGCAGCUGGUGUUCGGCGGCGAGGAUCAGUUCCUGCACAGACUGGGCGCCGGGCAGCAGCAGCGAGGUCUGAGUGGAGGUCUGUUGGAUGAUGAUGAUUCCAGUGCCUCCGAGGUGGAAAAUGAGGCAAAGUCCAGUUUCCCUCCAGCCAAGAAGGCAGCAUGGGUGGACGAAGAGGAUGACACCGAGGAGCUGGUGAACAUGAAGCAUCGAUUCCGGAAAGAUUUACAGAAAAGCAACACAGAAAAGAACCUCAGCGUAGAGCAGCUUCAGCAGAGGCUUAAGGAGCAAUUCCAGAAAGCGAUGGGAGGAACGCCAGUGUGGGCGGAAAUAGAGAAGAAGAGAAAAAGGAAAAAGGACCCACACAGCUCAGGAGACGAGAGUGAGGAGGAGGAUGAAUUGCUGCGGAGAACGGGGAAUUUUGUAUCUGCCUCAGAAGCUCUUCCUAAAGGGACUAUACAGGUGAAGAAGUGUUUAGAUGCCAAUCACGAGCGACCAUCCAAGACCAGACUAACCACAGUCCAGUUUCAUCCCUCAGCCCAAGUGGUGAUGACUGCGGGGAUGGACCAGACCAUCUCACUAUUCCAGGUUGAUGGAAAGACAAAUCCGAAGAUUCAGAGUAUCUGCCUGCAGCACUUCCCUGUGUACAAAGCGCGUUUCACUGUGGACGGAGAGCAGAUCGUAGCCACUGGUGUCCGCAACAAGAUGUUUUACAUGUACGACAUGAUGGCUGGAAAGAUCCUUCCCGUCUGUGGAGUGCGAGGGUUGGAGGAACGACACAUUAGGAAAUUUGAAGUCUCUCCAGAUGGCUCCUACCUGCUGCUCACGGGGGCUGAAGGUUACCUGCAUCUGCUCUCCAUGAAGACUAAGGAAUGGAUAAACAGUAUGAAAGUCAAUGGCAAAGCCAUUGCAUCCACUUUCUCUCCAGACGGGAGUAAAAUCUACACAAACUCCGAUGGAGGCGAUGUGUAUGUUUGGGAUGUGAGGAGCAGGAGGUGUCUCAAUCGGUUUGUCGAUGAUGGCUCUCUGCAUGGAACGAGCAUCGCCAUGUCAUGCAACAGCCAGUACCUGGCCUGCGGGUCCAGCUCCGGGGUGGUCAAUAUUUAUUCCCAGAAUUCCUGUCUGCAAGAGAAGAACCCCAAACCCCUGAAGGCCGUCAUGAAUCUGGUCACUGCGGUCACCGCGCUGGCCUUCAACCCCAACACCGAGAUCCUGGCUAUUGCUUCUCACGCAGCAGACGAGGCCGUGCGGCUGGUUCACAUUCCCUCCUUUAACGUGUUCUCAAACUUCCCCAACUUGAGACGGAAACACAUCCACAUGACUCAGUCGCUGGAUUUCUCUCCUCGUGGUGGCUUCUUCUCUGUAGCAAACAACAAAGGCCGAGCUGUGCUGUACAGACUGAACCACUAUAAGGACUUCUGAGCCACGUGUCGACACAGGUGGAGCGAGUGGACGUUUUACCUUCAGAAGUGACUGGAUAAAUGAAACCUUCCAGGGCAUCGCCUCAGCAAUUAGCAAGACUUUGCUUUAUUGAAGUUUACAAUAUCUUUUUUGCUUUCCUCCGCUUGAUGUUCAGUUCAUUAAAAGCUUUGUAAACGUG